UCGAUCCAAUUUCCAUAACUCGAGGGUUCCGUGCGUUAAAUGAAAUGAAAAGAUUGGGUUAUAAAUGUCUUUACUACGUGGAAAUUGACUUCUGAAGAGGAGACCUAAAUGAGGACUCAUCAAUGCAUUUUUACGACCAAGGAACCUUAAAUUCGCCAGCAAACAAACUAUGAGCUCAAUUAAUGAUGGACUGUUUGUCAACGGCUCUUCGUUCGAAGACAAGUAUGGGACUGCGAGACUCGCAUCCGUUAUUUAUCUGUGCGCCGUUGGAGUUUGCGGGAUUAUUGCAAACUGUCUUGUGAUUUUUGUAUUUUGGAAAUAUCCAAAGCUCAGAACAGCCGCUAAUUUGUUUAUUCUGAACUUGGCAUUCUGUGAUGUGAUGCUUUCCAUCUUUGACAAUACUUUUUCAAUUGCGUCCACGUUAUAUGGAAGAUGGUUGUUUGGUCGCGCCUGUUGUGUUGCGUAUGGAUUUUUCUACUACUUCUUCAUCUGUUGUACCGUUUCAACACUGGCGGUGAUCUCUGUGGAUCGGUUCUUUUUUAUCACACGGCCGAGCCAGACACGAGCAGUUCAAGUAAUUACGAAACGAAAGGCGAUUGGAAUCUUACUGAUAAUCUACCUGUAUACCCUUCUGUUUACAUUUCCUCCUUGUGUCGGAUGGAAUUCAUUUGUGGAGGAAAAAGUUUUUUACAGUGGCUGUUACAUAAACUAUGGCGAUCAAAGAACCUCAUCUAUAGUCUAUUCAGUCAUCGCACCUUUCUUUCUUUUUCUCGUGCCCCUUUCAGUGAUGAUCUUUUGCUACGCACGCAUUUUUGUCGCCGUUCGCCGAAGCACGCAGCGUACAAUAGGAAGAUCGCUUGGGACGCCGAAUUCUGUCAAGAAGCGGUAUCCUGUCUUAAAGAGAACACACAUACAGACUGCGAAAAUGAUCAUAGUUGUUAUAUUUUUCUCCAUGAUCGUGUGGGUACCCUAUGUUGUCGUCUCAUUCAUCAAAGCUUCGAAUGGCUACAUUGAUCCUCUCGUGUCACACAUUACAGUUCUGGUUGCUAAGUCGUGCGUGAUCUACAAUGUGCUUAUCUACGUGAUGUUAAACCGCAAACUUAAAGCUGUGAUUUUGGAUGCAGUAUGUUGUGGGAGGCAAAGCUUUUCGCUAAUCGGAUCGCCGAGCUCCGGAAACAACGCGAACAGAAAUAGAAUCAGUCGCAUUUUAAGCGAAACUGAGGUACCUUCCCAAGUCGCUGGAACCCAAAGGAAUAGACUGAGUGCUUUGACACUGCAACGGUCAAACGAGAAGAUACUCGAGGAAUUUUCUGACCAUCUUUCUCCGCCUUUCAUUCCAAAGGUUAAGAACGGUGUUGUUAAAAGCGUAGAGUUUAAAGAUGGCCAAAGAAGAGACACAGUGAUUGGGCCCAGUAAAGAGGAAUUGGAAGAGGUUAUAAACGGGAGAGGCACUACACCAGCAGAGGUCAAUGGUGGUCCUUUUUAUCAUGUAGAAGAUUUUUAUGUGAGACGAAAAAAAGUCUCAAAAGUAGAGCGAUCUUCGGAUGGAAAUCGUAUGAGUAAUGGAUCAUUGAUUUCUUCACCUGAUGGAGUAUCUGAUCAGAAUAAUUCGCAACAGGGUACAAGCGAAAAAAGCACACCUUUGAACGCGACAGAUGUAACAUCGCCUUGCUAUGGUACAUUACCAGUUGAAAGAACCCAACAUUCUACGUACGCAACAAGUGAAACACCUUUGUGUACUUUGCCACGAGAAAAAGUUGGGUUGAAUGUUCAACGAGUCCAUCACCUUUAUUCCUCGUCUACGAAUUCACGAUCGCAAAAUCUUUCUUCACCAUCACAGAUGUACAAGAAAGGUACACGACCUGCGAGCGCACAGCGAGUGACAAAGAGGGAAUCACCCGGUUCGACUAUUCCACGUGCGAGUACAUGCACCGAUCAAGAGAGCGAUCUCUCGAGGACUUCGCGCGAGGGAUCUUUUGCGCAACGGUCGGUGAGCAAUUUACACAAAACUAAGAAAUUACGAUCUGGAAAUCGUAGAAAAAACGGGAAAAAUACGUUGCCAUCGCGAAUGAAAAGUCACGUAAGUUAUGGGAGAAGGGACCACAUAUCUAACAAGGAUCCACUUCAAACUUCCGCACAAGAAUUGAUGGAAAUACAGAAUUUUUGGAAGCGCAUGAGUCUGUGCCUAGACGAUAUCGAUUUGGAUGAAGUGACGAGAGAGAUGGAAAUGGUUUGAUUCGUGGUUUUAGUUCCACUUAGUAUCGCGUCUCGCGAAAGAGCGCGAUAUCACUGGUGUCGUAGCACGGGACGCGCGCGAUGUAUCGCGUGGAAUCGCGCUCAAUUUCGAUAGUUUGGGGGAAAAAUUGGCAAUUUGAUUAAAUAAUAUAUUUUUAGGCUGACACAUUUAUGAAGAAAGUAAUUCUAAUGCUGAGAUUUAAAAGGGUUACUUAAAUUUCAACGUUGCGCCGAUUUUUGGCGUCCAUUACGAGACAUUUGCAUAGAAAAGUGAUUGUUUUGUUGAGAUCUAAAAGGGUUACUUUUAUGGCAACUUGGCGGUGCAUCUUGUCGUCAGUGCUUUUAAAUUGUCUUUUCAUAAAUUUGUUUAUGAAGCUUCAACUCCGCACGGUCUUUUUUGCCUCUCUUUCCUGAAGCAACCUGACUUUUUCACCUGAAUCUUGCCAGGGUUUGAAAUUAAUCGUUUAUUAAUCUUCGGCUUAAAUUAAAAUUUCACAAGUCAUUUUUUGGACGUAUAAUCCAGAAAAUCAUGGCAAUGACUCUUUUUUUUUUUUUUAAAGAAAUUUCGUUCUUCGAGGCAGCGCAUUACUUAACGAAAUGCAAAUCUCUACAAAUCAUCUUGAAUGAAUAUAAUUUUUUCAAAGUGAACACGUCAAGAACGUCCAAUUUUGGGGCUGAGAGCUGAACGUUAUUAUUCUUUUUGCGAUUUGAGCUUAACAACGUUUUCAACAUGAUAGUAUUCCUUGAGGUAUUGCUUAACAAGGGAUUAUAAGUGACUGCUAGGAAAGGGAGUCAAAUUGACAGAAACUCACAGUUUUUUAGCUGGGCGAAGCAAGUUGAAGCGUGUUCUUUACGGAAACGGCAAAACUGAAAUCGGAUUUUACUCAUCUUUUCAAUGUUCUUAAAUAAACCCCGGAGAAAAAUAAAGCCGAAAAAUCUCCUGCUCAAGGUGGUGCAGUUAAAUUCGCUUUAACGCUCCAACGCAAAAGUGGACGUAAAUAAGUUCAAUUUUUGCCGUUUGCCGUGAACGUCGUUGCUUAACGUUUCUGAAAAUGUUUUUUCUUGAUUAGAUUUUAGACUGUUAUCAACUAUUUAUUGACAAGAGACAAGGAGGCCACCCUAUUUAAUUUGUAAUAGCGCUUACCAGUUUAUCUCGUUGGGGAGAUGUUUUUUGCCUUGAGUUUAAAGAGGUGAUAUGCGCUAUGCCUAUGUCAAAAAGAAAAGAAAAGAAAAGUUUUAAUGUUGGCAAAUCAUUCAUUUCCUCCAGUUGAAAUGUUAUGUUUUGUUUUCCAAAGUUCAGAUUGUCGAUCAUUUUUUAAAGAAGUUUUACCUUAAAGAAGAAUUAGAUUUUUUUUACAAAUAAUUAUUUGUUGGGUUUUUAAUCCCUUCAAAUUUCAUUGUUUCACCGACAGAGAACAGUAUGUAUCGAAUAAAGUGCCGAGUAGAACAGAGGAAUGGCAAGUGAACGUAACGUGCACAUUUCACGUUCCUCGCGCAGUGUACACACACUUCUCGCUUUUCUGGCGAGAAUGAGGAACUUGUACACUGAAAUCUUUUUACAUUAAUUUUAUCACAUAAUAUUGCAUCGCUGAAUUCAUACACACGUUAAUAUAAUAGUGAUAGAGUUCCAGAUUUUAUAUGGAGAACACAAUCAUCUCAAACCCGUUUCAG